AUGGCAUCUGAAUUCAACAUGAAAUCCUGUAAGCAACGAUUAACCAGGCAACUCAAUGAGCUUGCCAGUUUGAUUGUUGAGGCAAAUACAUUCAAGGAACCGUGGCAGUUCCCAAUCAAUGUGGAAGAGAUACACCGAUUCACAUUGGCAAACAGAGCAAUAAUCAAAAACCUAACCAAUCAAAUGAAAGAAAAGGAAGAUCAAAUUAUGACCGAAUACAGCAACCAAGCGCGUGCCUUGGAAACGUUCAAACUGAAUAACACAACAUACGGAGAAAGUCUCGAAAAGGAAUUCGAUUCAUACUGGGAAAAUCGCAAAGCAGACGAAAGUCUUGACAUCAGUGUUUCAACUCGACGAAAGCUGGAAGUGCGAAUCGUGGAGUUGGAAUGUCAAGAGCAAGCUGUUAACAUAACAUCUUCAGAGGUAGCAAGUUCAAGACCACCAAUUCAAGAAACAAAUAAACGAUGUACUUUACUCUUCCAGGCUAUGGAAGAACGUAACCAAGGAAGAGAUCUCAAUCAGACCCACGCACAAAAUAAUCAAACUACUGCUACUACAACGUCCAAUCGGGAUCACCCACAGCCUUGGCGUUAUCCAUACGGCCAUGAACUGCGAGUACCCGAUUUUUACGGAAAACCAGCAGAAUUCGAAUCGUUCUGGGAACUAUUUCAAGAGUUGGUACACAAUCAACCAUAUUCAGAUCUAGAAAAACUAUCCAUUCUGUUAGCAUGUUGCAAAGGCGACGCGGAGCGAACAUUAAGGAUGAUACCGCGCAGCGCCAAAUCCUAUGAAUUAGCUAUUCAACAGCUAAGGGCACAAUAUCAAGAUGAACGUCGCAACAAAACACUGCUCCUACGAAAGCUGCAAACACUUCCAAGAGUGGGCGACGACCCACGUCAACUUCAAAAUACCUACAACGACAUCUUAACACUGGUUACGGAGAUGCGUAGGCAAGGAGAAGCCGUAGACAGCACCAAUCUACUACAAACGGUCACUAACAAGUUCCCUAAAAGUGUACAAGAAGAAGCAGCAAAGAGGGAGUAUGAUCUAAAUAAGAUAUGGACAAUGGCAGAAUUGCUAGACAACUUAGAUGUCAUUGUAAAGCGACGAAUACACAUUAGCUUCAUUCAAGGACGAGAUUCGGAAACAAGCGAAUCGUCCACGUUUCAUAUCCAAACAAAAUCAACGACAGUAAACUGCACCGGAUGCGGCGGAUUACAUAGAUUCGUAGACUGUGUCAGAUACAGAACUCGCAAAGAAAAACUCAACCGACUAUGGCAACUAAAUGCCUGUCUAAUUUGCUUCAGCAAGCGCCAUCAAGCUCACGUAUGCAACAAGCCAAAAUGUCAAUAUUGCAAUGGUAAUCACCAUUCUUUGUUAUGCUACAAAAAUAACACUUUUCGCAUUUGGCGUGAGGACGUGACGCGAAGAUCGAGGUCACCAGUACCAGCUUCUUUUAGGAAGUUUCAAAAUGACCGCCUGUCUCAGCAGAAUCACUUUGUUUCGAGAACAUCAAGAUCACCAAUAUUCAAGCAGAAUCGAUCACCUAGAAGACAAUUUACAUCUCCAUCUCGAAGAUAUCGCGACAACUACCAAAUGAGAUCGCGAAGCGCGUCACCAGCACGGAAAACUAAUUAUGAAGGGAUAAGCACACUACCGACUACCUACAGAAAUAGAAGCAGAAGUUCCAGCAGAUCCUCUCAUAAUUCACCAACCCGCACUUCACCACAAAAAAGAGUCACAUUUAUCAAUUACGCCAGCACUGCGGAAGACGUUUCGGCACAGAAACCUACAGUUGUAGAAACCUUUUCAAAAACAACAGCAAAAGCGAGUCCCAAUGCAAUUCACGAAGAUAAAAUCAUAUCAACGCCAGCUUUCAGCAUUUCAGAUUGUCCUUCGUGUACCAGACUAAUGACAGUGCCAGUAUAUGUACGGAACACUCAGUCAGGAAAGCUGGAGAAUCUAACAGCCUUACUCGACUCAGCUUCAGAUUCUUCGUUCAUUACAACAGAGGUAACCAGAAAACUCAAUUUGCCUUCACUCUCGGAACAGACCAUAGUUGUCUCAACCUUUGGGGGUCACGUAGAAAGAAAGAAAACAACAGUAGUAAAAACAGCGCUUGUCAACAGUUACGGGGAAACCCUAAAUGUCUCGUUAUUGACGCAAGAUCACAUCACAGACAAGCUCAAAUUUUGUGAUCUUACCAUGGAAGACCUCGCUUUCAUAAGAAGACAACUUCUAAUAGACAAUACUAAGCUCAAGAUCGAUCAUGAUGCAACACAACCAAGUAUCUUGCUCGGAAUUGACUAUUUCAAUGAAAUUUUCAUUGCCAACCAGCCACCAGUAAGGUUACCUUCAGGAUUCUAUUUGAGUCUAACAUUUUUUGGGUACACAAUCUCAGGAAAGCACUCGCAUGCAGGGCCAGGAGCCUACAAUGAGAAAUGUACACUUUUCUCGCAAACGGAAAACAAUUUCGAUUACCCCAAUUCCUACAGUUUAGAGAGUAUGGGAAUUACCAACUCCUUAUCGGAACAAGAAGAAACCGAAAAAAUUAUCGAUAAUUUCUACAAAACUAUAGAAAUUCACGACAAAAAGAUAUAUGUUCGCCUUCCGUGGAAGGCCAAUAAAGAUAAGCUAGCGAACAAUUACAAACUUGCAUUGAGUAGACUGCAUCAACAAUACAAAUUGGCCCAUAAAAAUCCAAAACUUUGGGAGGAGUAUUGCAAAUUAAUUCGUGACCAAUUCAAUAACGGCAUCAUAGAAAAAGCAAAAGGAGGAAAUUCUGCUGCAAGCCCAUUAUAUUAUAUUCCGCACCAAGCGGAAUUCCAUGGAAACCAAAAGCCGAUCAUUUUCUGCUACAAUCAAAACUGCAUUAUAACCCUUGCCCAACAAAACGUAUAG